GGUCUCUUCACAUAUGUCAGCAUCACUUGUAGUGUGCAACCGUUUUAAAUAAACAUAUAUACAUAUAAAUACAGCCAUGUCAGUUUUCACGGCAUCGGCCAAGACGGCCGCUAUGGCCCCGAGAAUGUUUGGUACAGCGCGCCGUAACUUUUGUGCGGCUGCGGCAUUGAAUCAGAAGGUGCCCAGCUGGGCUACUGUAGAUCCAUGGAAGAUGGGCUACGAAGCCCCAGCAGAAGCUAAAAGUCUUCUCAACGGAGAGUGGAUUGGUGCCAAGGACAGCCGCAUGAUCAUUGACCCUUUGACUGGAAAGGAUAUGUACUCGGUGCCCAUGACCUCGUCUGAGGAGCUCACUCCCUGGAUCGAGUCUGGUUUGGCGUGUCCCCGCUCCGGGCUACACAACCCACACAGAAAUGUGGAACGAUACAACAUAUACGGUGAUGUGAACUUCAAGAUCGCGCAGGCUAUGAAUGAGCCCGAAGUUGAAGAGUACUUCGUCAAGCUGAUCCAGCGAGUUACCCCCAAGAGCAAGACCCAGGCUCUUGGAGAAAUCAACACCGCCCGCAAGUGGCUUGCUAUGUACGCCGGCGAUCAGGUUCGCAUGCUUGCUCGAGGGUUCUCUCUCACUGGUGACCACCUGGGACAGGAAACACGUGGUUUCCGGUACCCCUUUGGAAAUACCGCCGUCAUCACACCUUUCAACUUCCCGCUGGAGAUCCCUGUCCUACAGUCCCUCGCGUCCCUAUUCAUGGGCAACAAGGUGCUUGUCAAGGUUGAUGAGAAGGUACAGAUUGUGAUGGAGCAGUUUAUCCGUCUUGCCCAUCACUGCGGUCUGCCUAAGACUGAUAUGGAUAUGCUUUACAGUUCCGGACCCGUAUGCGGCGAGCUGCUGCAGAAAUCAGACUGCAAGCAGACUGUGUUCACCGGUAGUCAGGCGGUUGCUGAGCGAUUGGUGCUUGAUCUCAAAGGUAAGGUACGUCUGGAAGACGCUGGCUUUGACUGGAAGGUACUGGGUGCUGAUCUGCCCAGUAAGAAGGAACAGGAGUUCGUAGCCUGGCAGUGUGACCAGGAUGCGUACGCCUUCAGUGGUCAAAAAUGCUCUGCUCAGUCUAUUCUGUUUAUGCACGAGAAUUGGGUCAACGCUGGCCUGGAGAAGCAAAUGGCUGACCGUGCUGCCAUGCGAAGUUUGAAGGACUUUACCACCGUACCUGUGCUCUCCUGGAGCAACGAGAAGAUCCAGAAGCACUGCGAUGACGUUCUGAGUAUCCCGGGCGCCAAGGUUCUAUUCGGAGGCAAGCCCCUCGAGGAAGACCACACCAUUCCCGAGUGUUACGGCUCAUGGCAGCCAACAGCCAUCUACGUGCCCAUUGACGCUCUGUUGGAGGAGAAGAAUUUCAAGAUCGCUACCACGGAACUGUUCGGUCCUUUCCAGAUUGUAACUCACUGGAAGAAGGAUGAGGAACACAAAGUCUGUGAAGCCUUGGAGCGCAUCCAGGCUCACCUGACAGCCGCCAUCGUCAGUAAUGACAUACACUUCAUCAACAGAAUGCUCGGCAACACCCUUAACGGAACGACGUAUAUCGGUCUACGUGGUCGAACCACUGGAGCUCCACAACAGCACUGGUUCGGUCCAUGCGGCGACCCUCGUGGCGCAGGUAUCCAUACACCCGAAGCCAUCAAGCUCAACUGGUCAGGUCACAGGGAGGUCAUCGUGGAUGUCGGCCCAACGGCAGACACCUGGAACGCCCCCCAGCCAACGUAAACAACUGUGGGUGAUAGGAAAUAGACCACUGUGAAGUGUGAACGACCAUGGAGACUAUGAAACAGUCCACCUCGACUGUAGACGAAAGAGUGAGGGUUGUAGUGGAGGCACUUGACAGUGCACAACUGGGAAGACUGUGAUAUAGUCCGCUUCAACUGUGCACAGCUAGGGAGGCUAUGAAAGAGAUCACUUCAACCAAAUAAUAGGAGGCGAUUCGCAUGGCGUGUGGAGUUUGUCGAUGAAGAACACAACGGCCAGGGCUUAUAAGUGUAUAGUGGGCUGGUGUUUAUGUUGUAUGUAGCGCUGGUACCACUACUUGCAGAGACGAUCGGGUUGUAUAUAUAGAAUACAAGAAAAGAAAGUACGGCCGGAUCAAAUGUGCACCGCGAGUUUGAAAUAGCAACCAAUUUUACAACUACAACCGGAACACGCACUACAUAUAUAGAGACAUCUAGCAAUAGCUUGGUCACUAUCGGAACUUAAGACUAAAACGUAAAUUGACGCUGGGUUUACUGGUGCGGUUUUUAUCCCGUUCUAACUAAUACCUCAAAAAGCUCGCAUUUGCGAAAACUUACUGUUUUAAAAAGAAAUCUCUCAGAUUCAACAUAUUGUCCCAAUCUGACGCGAGGAUUUGGAUUGAUAUCUCACUGACGAUCACUAUGAUUAUGCAAACAUGAGACCAAUACCUAAAUUGUGAUUGUAUGCAAUACAGCUACAUAGUGACAUAGGUCUGAAGCGAUCAAUACAUACAACUACACAUUGAUAAAACCUUAUCGGC